CCACGAUGCGUUUGUAUAUCUACUAGCCGCUAGCCUUUCUCUUCUCCUCUUCUCUUCUUCUUUUCUUCUUCAGCAAGUUUAUCUUUGUCCAAUCUAAACUUCCGGGUUUUUUUGUUGUUUGUUUCGCAUUUUCUUUUUCCAGAGCUGGUCUCUACUUCGCAUUCCAUCACAUUAAUUAUUCGCAUCUUUUUGCAUACACACAUCUUCCUCAUCGCUUUUUUUUAACAAACCAAAAACUUCAUCAAAAUCCCUCUCAAGUUGCCGGUCAGCUUAAGAGUUCUUUGCAUACAAUUCAAUACCCGGAAUUUCCCCCAUCUAAACUUGUUCGCUUUAUUUUUUGAACGGCUCUCUUUGUUCAAGAACUACCAACGUUUUUUAAUACCGUCAUUUUAUUACUUCGCAUAGCAUUUUUCUUCUUCGCUCUUCACGAUAUAUACUACUUCAACAUGUCUGCUAUCCAGCUUUCGUUCUCUCUUCGCGUCUCUUCUGGCGUCAAGUCCGUCCACCUCCUCGGCUCCUGGGACAACUACACCGGCCAGCUCCCUCUCUCCAAGGACAAGUCUUCGUCCAAGUCUGGCUCCUGGAAGGGCACUUUCCGCUUCCAAAACUCCACACUUGAGGCCGGCCAGCGCUACUGGUACUACUACAUCAUCGACGGCUACCACGUCGCCCACAACCCCAGCGUCACCUUCACCACCGAGCCCACCACUGGCCGCCAGCUCAACAUCCUCGACGUCUCUGUCGAUGGCGAGAAGUCUUCUUCUUCGUCCCGCAAGUCUUCGUCUUCGUCCAAGUCUUCUUCCAAGGACAAGUCUUCCUCUAAGUCCUCCAGCCGCUCUUCCUCGUCCAAGGACAAGCACUCUUCCUCCAAGUCUUCGUCUUCUUCCAAGGACAAGUCUUCUUCCAAGGACAAGUCUUCUUCCAAGAGCAGCCGCCGCUCGCUGACCGUCGACAUCCCCAAGGGUCGCCCCCUGUCCAUCUCCCAGAUCAAGGCCCCCAAGCCCAUGUCUCCCCACGCCACCAAGCACAUCCUCGACUUUGACACCACCGAGGAGAUGGACGAGCUCACUGCCCGCUUUGGCAGCGCCGGCAUCGACGACGAGAUCAUCACCAACUUCUCCACCUCGCCCGUCUCUUCCGUCGCCUCGUCCUUUUCCUACCGCUCCGACAGCUCCUCGCCCAACUCGUCCCUCUCGGGCUACAGCACCCCCGGCUCCGACUGCAGCACCUGCACUUGCGAGCGCUACGGCAUCACCCGCAAGGGCGAGCGUGUCAAGCUCGACUGCGGCGGCUCUCGCUGCGGCUUCGACUCCGAGUCUGAGUGCGGCUCCGACGUCAGUGACUCCGAGUUUGAGGAGGAUGAGGAGGAGGUCGUCCAGUACUCUUCCCGCCGCAACGCCAUCAUUGUUUCUUGAGCAAUGGCUCCUCUUGGCAAACGGCGAGCGUCGGGGAGGUGUAAGUAGUGGUCAUCAGGCUAGACCCCCGAAAAAAGAGACCCAUGCUGUUCUUUGUUCGUCUUGGAAAGCGGGUGACUCUGCGGCUGUUGCGCGUUGGCGCCGAGCUAGCACAUCCCCCCAUUCUUGUUGUUUUGUGUUUUUGGUAUGUAUUUCAAUGCAUUUUCUUCUUUUUCUCUGCUAUACACAGAGGAAGGAUGAAAAAAAGAAAGGAAAGAAUUUCACUUUUCCACAUCCACUCCCCAUGUGGCAUUCCUCAGGCUUCCGCUUCGGAGCAGCUCUCCCUGCGAGCGCCGCCUUUGCUGGCCUCUGGCGUCGCUUCGCGUCUGCGCCCGCUCCGAGCAAGCUUGAAAUUUGGCACAUGAUGACCAGUGGGUCGAUGCUGCGGCCCCUCGCGUGAAGAUUGUUUGACUCUUCCGCGAGCAUCAGUUAUUAUUUUCUUUGUUGGUUCUUGAGCGACUCUAGCGUUGGCGGUGCAAGUGCUCGGGGGUUGAUCUCCCGAGCGACUGCCCUCCAACAUUAGACGACAAGUCGAGGAUAGCCUUUUACGUAGGGCUUCACUACCUCUUUGUGCCUCUAGAGCACUCUCAGUCAAUUGCUUGGAUUGGUUUCUCUUGUCAUGGAGGAGCUAGCAGCGGCAGAUCCAAAAGACAAGCAGUUCAUCUGCCCCUUGGAUAGACUACGAUAUGAAAUCUAUUCAUUGAAUUAUACAGCGU